CCUCUCACCGAAGAAAAGCAGAGAAUAGAAUGGACUGCGAUUUUAGGAACCAGAGAUCUAAGAGGGCUUGCAUGAAGCAGACUCUGCAGAUGAUGUUGCUUCUACUCGUUUGUGCGUGGUUGCUAUAUCAGAUUAAUCAAUCAAGAAGAGCUAAUAGAACAGAAAGAUUUGGUGGGGAAAUCACAAUUAUUGAGGAAUUUGGAAUUGUAUUGUUGGGGCGUAAAGUGAAUCCAUCAUCGUCAUGGUCGAAGCAGAUCCCUAUUCCCGACUCAGGAGAAGCAAAUUUUGCAGCAGAAUCUGAAAAUGAUAGAACUGAUGAGGAAAAACUAAGAAGCGGGUCAAAUCAGAAGGUGCAAGAAGAUCAUGAGAAGGAUGAAACAGAGAGAUUCUACAGUUUCCAUGAUGAAAAUGGAGUUCCACCUGAAGUUAAUGAUGAUGAAACAGGGCCUUGUGGUAAUGGUUCAGGUUUUGGCUUUAGGAAGGAAAUAAGAACCAGACAUGGAGGAAUGAACACUCGUGAAACAGUCAUAUUUUCUGGAGAUUUUCAUGAUGAUGAUGAUGAAGGUAAUUCUGAAAACAUAACCCAUUCUGAUACUUCAGGAAUCAGUGCUGGGUAUUCUUCAGCUUUGUAACAUGAUUGUUUCU